AGCUCAUGGCUCGUCGUCAUUGAUGAAGGAAAUUAUCUUUUGAAAUCCGAAAGAGACAGCUCCCACUAGAAGUCAAUUAUUUCAUAUUUGUACAUAAAAUUCGCCCACCAUGUUGUCCCGCCUUCAGAUCCGAGCUCCAUCUCGGUUAUCACAGAUAUCUCGCCAACUCUCGCGACAAACGAGAACGAUGGCCGGAUACAACAAGACCAAAUUUCAACUCAACACUGGUGAUGAAAUCCCAGCAAUUGGGUUUGGAACAUGGCAGGACAAAGAUGCUCAAGAAGAUGCGGUAUACGAAGCCUUGAAAGCCGGAUAUAGACACAUUGACACUGCAAGAAUAUAUGGCACCGAACCAGGCGUGGCCAAAGGUAUCUCGAAGAGCGGAGUCCCUCGGAGCGACAUCUUCAUCACCACCAAGCUAUGGAACAAUUCCCACCACCCAGACGACGUGGAGGCUGCGUGCAACGCAUCCCUCAAAGACCUCCAGACCGAUUAUCUCGAUUUGUACCUCAUGCACUGGCCUAGCCCCUUUGCCCGGGGGGACAAACUCAUGCCGCAAAAGGACGGCGAGAUCCAGACCGGCGACAGUGACUACGUCGACACGUACAAGGCCAUGGAGAAGCUCGUCAAGAGCGGCAAGUGCAAGGCCAUAGGCGUCAGCAACUUUUCCAGGGCCGAGUUGGAAAGACUGCUCCGCGAGACCUCCAUCGUCCCCGCCGCCCACCAGAUUGAGCUGCACCCUUACCUCCAACAGACCGACUUUGUGGAAUUCCACAAAUCAAAGGGCAUCCACGUCACGCAGUACUCGCCCUUUGGCAACGCGAAUCCAAUCUACGACAAGGGUGAGAACAUCGGAAAGUUGAUCGAUGACCCGGUCUUGUCGGAUGUUGGUAGGAAGUACGGCAAGAAUGGUGCGCAGGUCGCCCUGGCGUGGGGAAUCGCAAAGGGUCACAGUGUGAUUCCGAAGUCCAAGACUCCUGCACGAAUCCAGGCCAACUUUGAAGGUGAUUUCAAGUUGGAUGUUGAGGAUGUGAAAAAGAUCGACGCCCUCGACAAGAAGUUGCGCUUCAACGAUCCGUCACAACGGUUUGGGUGGAAUUUCUAUGCCGAUUUGGAUGGUAAACAGGGUUAGAAAGAUGAGCUGGAAUUGUGGCUUGGUUCUUGUCAGUGUCAUUCCAUGCAAAUCAUGAGAACAAUACAUACACAAAGUUAUUACUCCGUACUAGGGCAUCUAGAAGGAAUAUGAGAGAUUGUGCACAGCCCUCUUUCUUAUGGUUCCCCCGU